GUCACCUCACAAUCGACUGAGCACGGUUUGACUAGCUGACGUGAACGACGUAAAUUUGUUCAUCGAAAGAUUUAUACCAUACGUAGAUAGUUGUGAUUUCUCUUGAUUUUACAAUGUUCGGUCUUCAGUGUGUUAGUUCUUUAAGAGGUGCAUUCGCCAGAAGCAAGAAAUGCCUUCCUGCUGUUCAAAAUGCUGUUGGAAAGAUGUCGACGAGUUCUGAUCCCAAAGAUCCAUCUUUCACUCAAAUGUGUGAGGGGUUCUUUGAGAAUGCGAGAGUAUUCGUGGAACACAGGUUAUUAACCAAGCCUGAUCCACCAGGUUAUCGUCCAGAAAAGUUUGAAGACAAGCAACACAGGAUAAAAGGGACACUAGAUGUUAUGAAGCCAUGUGCAGAUGUUCUUUCAGUAAUGUUUCCUAUCAGACGAGAUAAUGGUGCAUUUGAGCUUAUCCAGGGUUAUAGGGCACAGCACAGCCAUCACAGGACUCCGUGCAAAGGAGGUAUUAGGUACAGUGAUGAUGUUGAUAUUGAUGAAGUACAGGCAUUGGCCACUCUUAUGACGUACAAAUGUGCAGUGGUAGAUGUUCCUUUUGGUGGUGCAAAGGGUGGCAUCAAAAUUAACCCUUCAAAAUACUCACAACCUGAGCUGGAGAGGAUCACACGCCGAUUCACUGUGGAGCUUGCUAAAAAGAAUUUCAUUGGGCCUGGUCUUGAUGUUCCAGCCCCAGACAUGGGAACUGGGGAGAGAGAAAUGAGUUGGAUUGCUGACUCCUUUGAUAUGACUUUAGGUUAUGGUAACAUGAAUGCAUAUGCUUGUGUCACUGGGAAACCAAUUCAUCUUGGAGGAAUUCAUGGAAGAGUGUCAGCCACAGGAAGGGGUGUUUACCAUGGAAUAGAAAAUUUUAUAAGUUCAGAAAAAUAUGCUAAAUUGGUUGGCCUAGAACCUGGUCUUCGAGGGAAGACAUUCAUAGUUCAGGGAUUUGGUAAUGUUGGUCUUCACACCUGUCGUUAUCUUCACCGUGCAGGAGCUAGGUGUAUUGGGAUCAUGGAGAGAGAUGGAAAUCUCUUCAAUGCAGAUGGAAUUGAUCCUAAAGAACUUGAGAACUACAAACUGGACAACAAUGGCUCAGUUAAAGGAUUCCCAGGUGCAAAGAUGACCGAGGAGAACCUUCUAGAAGCAGAAUGUGACAUAUUAGUUCCUGCAGCCAACGAAAAACAAAUCACCCUUAAAAAUGCCCACAAAAUCAAAGCAAAGGUUAUUGCUGAGGGGGCAAAUGGACCGACCACACCUGAGGCAGAGAAAGUUCUAAUUGAAAAUAAGAAACUCGUUAUUCCAGACUUGUAUUUGAAUGCGGGAGGUGUGACGGUAUCCUAUUUUGAGUGGCUGAAGAACAUCAAUCAUGUCAGUUUUGGACGUUUGACUUGGAAAUACGAGAAGGAGGCAAAUUUUAAUCUUUUAGGUAGCGUCCAAGAAAGCCUGUAUAAUCAUUUCAAGGAAGCCAUUCCAAUCAAACCGUCGGCUGAGUUCUUGCAAAAGAUCGCUGGCGCGAAUGAAAAAGAUAUUGUUCAUUCUGGAUUGGAGUUCACCAUGGAACGAUCAGCUAAGCAAAUUAUGCACUGUGCUAGUGAGUACGAACUGGGUCUAGACAUAAGGACAGCUGCGUAUAUCGUGUCCAUGGAAAAAGUCUACAACACAUACACUGUGGCUGGUUUCACAUUUACAUAAUCCUCCUGUGAAAAUUGACCAGUGAUUAAUUCUUAGAUAAUUUUCAUUUGGCUAAAUUUAUGAAUGAGCUUUUCCAUGGAGGAUAUUUAUUGUAAAAGCAUCUACUGCAGCGGUCAUGCGUCCAUGAUGAUUGUGUGUCUGUGUAAACUGGAUGAAAUGAAUGACAACGUUUUGUUGCCUUUUCUGAAUUUUGAAUCACAUAGCAGUCGCAUUCUUUGGUCAUAGCUGUUCUUGAAACAACGACACUUGACAUAGCUGUCGCACUUUUUAGGUCAUAGUUGUUUUUGAAACCGCGACGUUACGACAGAAAUAGACAAUAAAAUGAGAAAAUGAGAAAAUGUUCCAUCAAUAAAUAACGGAAAGCUCUUGUCACUUUUAAUGG